AUGGCAACGGAAACAUUUCAAAUGAACGACUGGGUUGCAUCCAUAGAUAUACAACUAAAAGACUUCAGAACAGGCGAGAGACCAGACUCUCACCCUGACCGUGGGAAGAGUCCAGACCCAGAGACGACCAAACCAGCAAGACCAUACCACUGUUCCCAGUGUGGAAAGCCUUUUCAUGAAAGAACACACACUGGAGAGAAGCCAUAUCAAUGCUCCCAGUGUAAAAAUAAAUGUUUCUCAUCAGGGGACCUGAAAUCACAUGAGAGAACACACUUAGUAGAGAGGCCUUUCCAAUGCUCUCGGUGUGGAAAGAGAUUUAUUCAGUCAUCGCAUUUGAAAGAACAUGAGAGAAUACACACAGGAGAACAACCAUUCCAAUGUUCCCAGUGUGGAAAGAGUUUUACAAAUGUAGGGAACCUGAAAACGCAUGAGAUGACACACACAGGAGAGAAGCCUUUCCACUGCUCCCAGUGUGGGAAAAGGUUUACCCAGUUAGGGAAUUUGAAAACACAUGAGAUGACACACACAGGCGAGAAGCCUUAUCACUGCUCCCAUUGUGGAAAGAGUUUCAGACACUCAGGGCAUCUAAAAGUGCAUGAAAGAACACACACUGGAGAGAAGCCAUAUCAAUGCUCCCAGUGUGGAAAGGGUUUUGGACACUCAUGGCAUCUAAAAGUGCAUGAAAGAACACACACUGGAGAGAAGCCGUAUCAAUGCUCUCAGUGUGGAAAGGGUUUUGGACACUCAGGGCAUCUAAAAGUGCAUGAAAGAACACACACUGGAGAAAAGCCGUAUCAAUGCUCUCACUGUGGAAAGAGAUUUAUUCAGUCAUUGCACCUGAAAGAGCAUAAGAGAAAACACACAGGAGAGAAGCCUUUCCAAUGUUCUCAGUGUGGAAAGAGUUUUAUCCAGUCAUCGCAUCUGAAAGAGCAUAAGAGGAUACACACAGGAGAGAAGCCAUUCCAAUGCUCUCAGUGUGGAAAGACUUUUAGCCAGAUAGGGCAGCUGAAAUAUCAUGAAAGAAAACAUACAGGGGAGAAGCCUUAUCACUGUUCCCAGUGUGGAAGGGGUUUCAGAUACUCAGGGCAUCUAAAAGUGCAUGAAAGAACACACACUGGAGAGAAGCCGUAUCAAUGCUCCCAGUGUGGAAAGGAUUUUAGACACUCAGGGCAUCUUAAAGAUCAUGAGAAAAUACACACAGGAGAACAACCAUUCCAAUGCUCUCUGUGUGUAAAGAGUUUUACCCAUUUAGGGAACCUGAAAAUGCAUGAGAUGACACACACAGGAGAGAAGCCUUUUCACUGCUCCCAGUGUGUAAAAAGUUUUACCCAGUUAGGGAACUUGAAAACGCAUGAGAUGACACACACAGGAGAGAAGCCUUUCCACUGCUCCAAGUGUGAAAAGGGUUUUAGAACCUCGGGGAACCUGAAAACGCAUGAAAUGUCACACACAGGAGAGAAGCCUUUCCAAUGCUCCCAAUGUGGAAAGAGUUUUACCCAGUUAGCGAGCCUGAAAAGGCAUGAAGCAACACACACAGGAUAGAAUCCUUUACAGUGUUCUCAGUGUGGAAAGACAUUUUCCGAGUCAGAAAGACCUGAAAAUCACAUGAGAGAAGAGAGACACUGUUGUGGGUGGCAGAAUUUGGGGUGAGCUGUUGUAACUUCUCCAGGUUGAUGCUCUGUUCUGUGAUGAACUGCAUUUCAUAGACUACUACGCAUAUUACCUGUCUGCACACAUUGUUGCCAUUGUUGUCUGUAAUUGUUGCAUUAAUUAAGUGCUAUUAUCACCUUCCU